UUCGGAGGUACUCUGGUCACCCCAAAGGUUUUUGUGGCAUCUGCCUGACUGUUCAAAUUUGGGAAUGGUGUGAAGUUCCUAUACUUUCUUCAGUGAUAGUAUCUAAACUCCCCAGAAAAAAAGGAUUUGUUUAUUUCAGUUUUUCGAGGAGAGUAGGAAUCCCAGGAAUCAUGGUUCAAGAAUACAAAGCAAACCAAGGGCAAGAUGUUUCUGCUGAUGGAUUCUUAACUGCUGGCUAUGACAAUCGAGGCUACAGGGAGGAUGAGAAUGAAGAUACUGGUCAUCCACAGAAAGGAGAAAAACAGAGCAAGAAGAAAGAAAAGAAGUUAAGAAAGGCAGUUGGAUUUUUUGAACUGUUUCGCUUUGCAGAUCGAUUGGACAUCCUGUUGUUAACAGUAGGACUGAUCUGUGCAAUACUACAUGGAGUUGCUUUGCCCCUCAUGAUCAUUGUUUUUGGAGAAAUGACUGACAGUUUUGUCAGAAGUGGUAUCGUGCCUAACAUCUCCACUGCAGCAUUUAACAACAGUUCAACAGAUGCAUGUUUUGAAAUACCUGGACUGGAUUUGGAAGCUGACAUGACACGGUUUGCCCUCUACUUUGUGGGACUUGGGUUCGCUGUCCUGAUUUUUGGCAGUUUUCAUGUCUCCAUGUUUUUAAUCGCUGGCAUACGACAGACUGGAAGAAUAAGACAAAAAUUUUUCCAUGCUAUUCUUCAUCAAGAAAUGGCUUGGUUUGACUCAGUCCAAAUAGGUGAACUAAACACAAGGCUGACAGAUGAUAUAAAUACUGUUAAAGACGGUCUUGGAGACAAGUUCAGCAUAUUCACUCAGUUAUUUAGCACUUUUGUGGCAGGGUUUACUAUUGGAUUUGUCUAUGGAUGGAAGCUUACACUGGUCAUAUUGGCAGUGUCUCCCCUUAUCAUGGUCUCAGUAGCAGCAUGGACAAAGAUCUUGACAAUACUGACCGGGAAGGAACUGGAAGCUUAUGCUAAAGCAGGGGCAGUGGCUGAAGAAGUUCUAAUGGGAAUAAGAACAGUCUUUGCCUUCAACGGACAACAAAAAGCACUAACAAAAUAUGAAGCCAACUUAAAGCAGGCUAAAGAUGCUGGAAUAAAGAGAGCUGUCACCACAAGUAUUUCCAUAGGACUUCAGAACUUUUUAAUUUAUGCUUCCUAUGCUCUUGCAUUUUGGUAUGGGUCCAAACUAGUUGUUGAUGAACCUGAAAAUUAUUCAAUUGGACGAGUUUUGAUUGUGUUUUUUUCUGUGAUCAUAGGAGCCUUCUCACUUGGCCAGGGAGCACCAAACCUAGAAGGUGUUUCAAAAGCUCGAGGUGCUGCUUACAAUGUGUAUAGCCUUAUUGCAAAGCAUCGGCCUAUAGACAGCAGCUCAAAAGAUGGUCAUAAGCCAGAUAGUAUCAAAGGAGACAUUGAAUUCAAGAAUAUUCACUUCACCUAUCCAACUAGACCAGAUACAAAAAUUCUUAAGGGCUUGAACAUGAAAGUAUGGAGUGGACAGACCGUUGCAUUGGUUGGAGCUAGUGGUUGUGGUAAAAGUACAACAAUUCAACUGCUCCAGAGAUUUUAUGAUCCAGAAGCAGGAGAGAUCACUCUUGAUGGGCAUGAUAUCCGUACUUUGAAUGUGAAGUGGCUGAGACAACACAUUGGCAUUGUGAGCCAGGAACCAAUAUUAUUUGCCACAACAAUUGCUGAAAACAUACGAUAUGGUCGAGAGGAUGUAACUGAUGAAGAGAUUGAGCAAGCUGCAAAGGAAGCAAAUGCUUUUGACUUUAUAUCUAUGCUUCCUGAUAGAUUUAAUACGAUGGUUGGUCAAAGAGGUGCCCAGCUGAGUGGUGGACAGAAACAGAGAAUUGCUAUUGCUCGUGCGUUGGUCAGAAACCCAAAGAUCCUUCUGCUGGAUGAAGCAACAUCUGCUCUUGAUACUCAGAGUGAAUCAAUAGUGCAGGCAGCAUUGGAUAAGGCAAGGGCAGGCCGGACCACCAUUGUGAUUGCCCACCGCCUCUCAACAAUUCGCACUGCCGAUGUUAUUGCUGCCUUUGACAAUGGAGUGGUCACUGAACAAGGAAGACACAGUGAACUCAUGGAAAGAAAAGGGAUCUAUUAUUCCCUGGUAAUGCAACAGAAUUCAUGUGAGGAGAGUGAAAGCGAUGAAGAAACAGAUGAUACUUUGAAGGAAGUGGAACAACUAGACAAUGAACAGAAAAGUGUAAAGAUUAUCGACAGGAACAGCUUUAAAAGAAAAUCAAGCAGGAAACAUCACCAAUUUGCUUCCUCUGAACAAGAACCAACAACAGAAGCCAAUGAGCAAGAGAAGGAACCGGAGGAAAACUUGGAAGAAAUUUCAUAUUCAAAAAUUCUUUCUUUGAACAAGCCAGAGUGGCUGUACAUUGCUAUAGGAGCUCUCACUGCCGUAGUAUCUGGUGCUGUCUCACCAGCGUUUGCUGUUGUGUUUUCCAGGAUUAUUGGGGUUUUUUCAAUCUUAGACCCUGAGUUGAAACGACAGAGGACUGCUAUGUUUUCGCUGAUAUUCCUGGCUCUAGGUGCUAUUUUCUUUGUGAGCUACAGUAUACAGGGAUACAUGUUUGGAAAGUCUGGAGAAAUCCUAACUAUGAGGCUGCGUGGAUUAUCCUUUAAAGCCAUGUUGCAUCAGGAUAUCAGUUGGUUUGAUGAUCACAAGAAUGCUGUUGGUGUGCUAAUAACCCAUCUGGCUACAGAUGCAUCACAGGUUAAAGGGGCAACUGGAAUACGACUUGGUAUGAUGGCAAUGACUGUUUGCACUUUUGGGGUAGCUUUAAUUCUUGCAUUCAUUUUUGGCUGGCAGUUAACUCUUCUCAUCCUGUGCUGCAUCCCAUUUCUUGUUGCUGCAAAUAUUAUUGCAAUGAAAUCAGUUCUUGGGCACGCAUAUAAGGACAACAAAUCCCUCGAAGAAUCUGGAAAGAUUGCAACAGAAACAGUAGAGAACAUUAGAACUGUGGUAUCUUUAACAAGAGAAGAUGUUUUUUAUAAAAAAUACAUGGAACAUGUAGAUAAACCUUACAGAGCCGCACUUUCAAAAGCUCCAUUCUAUGGCUUCAGUUACGGUUUGGCACAAUGUUUUGCAUUUUUUGUUCAAGCUGCAGUCUUUCGAUUUGGAGCAUGGCUCAUUGUAAAUUGCUUCAUGGUUUUUGAGGACGUGUUCUUGGUUUUUGCUGUCAUUGUAUUUACUGCUAUGAAUUUGGGACAAGCUUCAACUUUUGCACCAGACUAUACCAAAGCUAAAAUUUCAGCACAAAAGAUAUUCCGUCUUUUAGAAAGGAAGCCACUUAUUGAAACUUACGAUGAAGGAGGAGAAAAACCGAGCAAGUUCGAAGGGAACAUUGAGUUCUGCAAUGUGAAAUUUGCAUACCCUACACGACCAGACAUACAGGUCCUGAAAGGUCUGAACGUACAAGUUAAUAAAGGCCAAUCUCUGGCACUUGUUGGAAGCAGUGGAUGUGGAAAGAGCACAUCGAUUCAGCUACUUGAGAGAUUUUAUGAUGCUGUAGAUGGACAAGUGUUGGCAGAUGGGAAAGAUAUAAAAUGUCUUCCCUUGUCAUGGCUGAGACAACAGAUUGGAAUCGUAUCCCAGGAGCCCAUACUCUUUGACUGUAGCAUUGCUGAAAAUAUACAAUAUGGUGACAACAGCAAAACUGUAACUCCGGAAGAAAUUGAAGAGGUUGCAAAAACAGCUAAUAUUCACAGUUUCAUACAAAGUUUAACUGAAGGGUACAACACCCGAGUUGGAGAUAAAGGCACACAACUCUCUGGUGGUCAAAAACAAAGGAUAGCCAUUGCACGAGCCCUUAUACGUAAACCAAAGAUCCUACUCCUUGAUGAAGCAACAUCUGCCCUGGACACUGAAAGUGAAAAGAUUGUACAGCAGGCCUUGGAUAAGGCGAGGCAGGGUCGAACUUGCAUUAUCGUUGCCCACCGGCUGUCAACAAUCCAAAAUGCUGAUGUUAUAGCUGUGAUACAGAAUGGUAAAGUUGUGGAAAAGGGAACUCAUAGCCAACUUCUUAGUAAAGAAGGAGCUUAUCAUGCACUUGUCCAUGCACAAGUUCAACAUUAAUGUGAAUGUUGUCGAACUGAUUUCUAAUGGCAUUGGAGCGUGUUUCACUUGGUACUCUGCUGUUAUAACUGCACAAGUUCCAAGGAAAUUUAUUUGUACAUGUUAACUUUGAAAAUUAAAAUUUUAAUUGGAA